CUGAGCGCUGUUCGUUUUUCAUAACUUUCCCAAAUUAAAAAAGCAUUGUUUAGUUUCCUUAUUUUCUGAAUUCGUAGCUAUCUUCAAUUGUCAUCUGAAUCUCCAAUGCUAUCGCUGCUGCGUCUCAUUGUUUUUCCACUGCUGUUACUUCUUCCUUAUGUAGUCUUUUCCCACUUCAUUGUUGAAAAUCUACCAGGCUUCCAGGGAAAACUUCCUUUCAAACUCGAAACUGGUUAUGUAGGUGUUGGAGAAGAGGAAAAAGUGCAGCUAUAUUACUACUUCGUUGAGUCAGAAAGAGACCCAGAAAAUGACCCUCUUAUGCUUUGGCUCACCGGAGGUCCUGGUUGCUCCGGCCUCUCUUCCUUUGUCUAUGAGAUCGGCCCUUUAAUGUUUGAUUAUGCAAAUUCUAGUGGAGAUUUCCCGAAAUUGGAGUUGAACUCAAAUUCUUGGACCAAGGUGGCAAACAUAAUAUUUAUAGAUCAACCUGCUGGCUCAGGAUACUCCUACGCAAAGACUUCGGAAGCUUACAACUGCAACGAUACUCAGGCUGUAACUCUAACUUAUGAGUUCCUUAGAAAGUGGCUUAUGGAUCAUCCCAAGUAUCUCAAGAAUCCACAAUAUGUUGGUGGUGAUUCCUACUCAGGCAUUUUUGUCGCACUGCUUACUCGCAGAAUAUACGAUGGUAUUGAAGUUGGUGAGAAGCCACGAGUGAAUAUCAAAGGAUAUAUCCAAGGCAACGCUCUAACAGAUCAUUACAUCGACGCCAAUGGUAGAGUCAUAUAUGCUCAUCGUAUGGGACUUAUUUCAGAUAAACUCUAUCAGUCCACUAAAGCAAAUUGCAAUGGAAACUAUGUGAACGUUGAUCCGAAUAAUGAAUCAUGUCUAAAUGAUCUUCAGAGAGUAGAUAAGUGUCUCAAGAACAUACGCCGGGCACAUAUUUUAGAACCUUGGUGUGACCUGCCAUUUUUAAUGAGCAUUCUCCAAGUAACACCUACAAAUGUGCGGUCGCUGUUUCCCAUUGAAGGACCAUGGUGUCGAGAAAAAAAUUACAUAUACUCUUACAUUUGGGCAAACGAUAAAGCUGUCCGGAAAGCACUAAACGUUCGUGAGGGAACAGCAUUGGAGUGGGUGAGAUGCAAUGACAGCAUGCAUUAUAGAGGUAAAGAGAGAACUGAAUCAUAUGUGUAUGAUGUACAAAGUGUUAUUGAUGAUCAUCGGCAUCUCAUCAGCAAAUCCUGUCGAGCUCUAAUUUAUAGUGGUGACCAUGACAUGGUUGUUCCUCAUUCGAGCACGGAAGAAUGGAUAGACUCUUUGAAACUGCCUAUUGCAGAUGAUUGGGAGCCUUGGUUUGUUGACGGUCAAGUAGCAGGAUACAAGGUUAAGUAUUCACAAAAUGAUUAUGAGCUGACAUAUGCAACUGUUAAGGGUGGGGGUCAUACAGCUCCAGAAUACAAGCCGGAACAAUGCCUAGCCAUGGUUGAUAGGUGGUUUUCCGGUUACCCUCUUUAGUUUCACCGUUGCAAAAUAUUAAUGUAUUCAUUUGUUUCUCUUGACAUAAGUUGCAUCUUUGAAAUAGCAACACCACCCUUUAUUAUGCUUAUGUUAUGCCUCUUGUCAUCUUGAUUGUGGCAAAUCACAUAAUUAAAGUGUGAAUCAAAGGCCACAACUAUUUAUAUUUGUUGUAGUAAGAGAAGCUGGAGAUAGUACUUGUUGAAUAUUCUGUUUUCAUCCCCUCUAAACAUCCAUAUGUAUUUGUCCUGACAAAGUUAUAAGAAUGUACAACUUCCUAUGGACAA